GUACAGGCUGCGGCGCAGAGGACUCGGCUCGGCUGGGUAAUUGGCUGUUUUUGGCUGAAAAGGAGGACGAGGUCGGGUGUUUCGGAGUGAAAUCCGCGACGGCCGGGCGAGGUAAAGAGACGUCGGCCGCCAGAGCUCGUUUUUGGUCUUCAUAAACAGAGCGGACAAAGUUCUUCCUGUUCAAACUCGGUGGCAGUGAAGUGGUUUUUUUUUUGUCGCCGUGACUGACAGUGAGAGAGAAGGCGCGCGGAGGGUCUGCGAGGGGAGAAUGGCAGAAAUAAAAACAUCCGCUUCAGUUCGAAGUUUUAGUGAGACGCUUUUUAUAUAAAAGUAAUAAAAAGCCCUCUCUCUCUCUCUCUCUCUCUCUCUCUCUCUCUCUCUCUCUCUCUCUCUCUCUCUCUCUGAGCUGGCGCACUCUGAGCGCUCCUUUCCUGCCAUUCUUCUGCGCGCCUCUGCGCUUCCUGCUCGGACUGACCACAGCACUGGACGUCUAAAAAUACUGACAACUCAAAAUGGACAACUAACUGGACUUUUUUGCCCUCCUCCUCCUCCUCCAUCUCCAUCAUUCACGUAGAAACCCGUCCAUCUGUCCUUCUGCUUUUGGACACGUUCUGGUCUCCUUUGCUUUGGUCUUGCGCCCUGUGCCCCAUCCGUCUUACUUUUUUGACGUUUGGAUGGUCAACAGUUCCUUGGUUUCUUCAUUAACAUCAUUUCUGAUGCAGAACGUCUUGCAUGCGAGGUGUGCUCAUUUUCCUUCAGUGAUCUUUAUAGCUCAGAAGUAAGCCCUGAAGGAGCUGCAUGGAGUCUGGGUGGCCUUUUCCAAGUUGGCACGUACGCAGGAUCCCUUGAGUUCCUCUGGCCUGGAGACUGGAUUUCGGAAAGUGCUUGCUUUAAUGGAGCCUUAGGUCUGUGAUCUCCAUGUCCACAGGUGUUGGGGUGUUUCUGAGGAGUGCUCUGCCUGACCAUGGCUGCGUGGUAGUGCGGUGCUUGGCCUUGGAGCAGGGUGCAGAAGGCUCUAAUGAGCCUCAUAGAGGGCUUGGAAAGGGAGAGAGGCGCUGGAAAGAUCACACCUGUAACGAUCCCAACUGAAUCACAUUUUGAGCCACCUCGCGCAAAAAGAGCCCCCCAUGGAGCCGCUGAAGAGCAUAUUCACUCGCGGCCCUCUGGCUCACUGGAAGAGUCUGGAGGAAACUCAGAAGGGAAGCUUCAGCAACCCUGUAUGGACUGCUCUGUUUGAUUACGAAGCUUCUGGAAAGGAUGAGCUGACAUUACGCAAAGGGGACGUAGUGGAGGUCCUGUCUUUGGACUCUGAAGUGUCUGGAGAUGAGGGCUGGUGGGCUGGCAAAGUGAACAACAAGGUGGGCAUCUUCCCCUCCAAUUAUGUCUCGCUCAAGCCUGGUGGCUACGGCAAACUGACACCUGACGUAAGUGGUGUGGCGCACGAGCUGCAGUUUGAGCCAGAGGUGGUGGAUUUCCGGGAGUUGAGCCUGGAGGAGGUCAUAGGGGUCGGCGGAUUUGGGAAAGUGUACCGGGGCACCUGGAGAGGGGACCUGGUGGCCGUCAAGGCGGCCCGUCAGGAUCCGGACGAGGAAAUCAGUGUGACGGCACAAAACGUGCGCAAUGAAGCACGGCUCUUCGCCAUGCUGACUCACCCCAACAUCAUCGCCCUCAAAGGGGUGUGCCUGCAGGAGCCCAACCUGUGCCUGAUCAUGGAGUAUGCCUCUGGAGGGCCUCUGAGCCGCGCACUGGCCGGCAGACGCAUCCCGCCACACGUCCUUGUCAACUGGGCCGUGCAGAUCGCCCGUGGAAUGCUAUACCUGCACAGCGAGGCCAUAGUGCCGGUCAUCCACCGUGACCUCAAAUCGAACAACAUCCUCCUGGCUCAGCCGAUAGAGAAGGAUGGCAUCGAGGGUAAAACUCUGAAGAUCACAGAUUUUGGGCUGGCGCGAGAGUGGCACAAAACCACCAAGAUGAGCACAGCAGGCACCUAUGCCUGGAUGGCACCCGAGGUCAUCAAAUCCUCCACCUUCUCAAAGGGCAGUGACGUAUGGAGUUAUGGUGUGCUGCUGUGGGAGUUAUUAACAGGUGAAGCUCCUUACAGAGGUAUAGAUGGUCUGGCUGUAGCGUAUGGAGUGGCCGUCAACAAGCUGACCUUACCCAUUCCCUCCACCUGCCCAGAACCAUUUGCCCAACUCAUGUCAGAGUGCUGGGAGCAGGACCCCCACCGCAGGCCGAGUUUCGCCUCUAUCCUGGCUCAGUUGUGCGCUCUGGAGCAGCAGGUGAUGGAGGAGAUGCCCCAGGACUCCUUCCAUUCACUGCAGGAGGACUGGAAACUGGAGAUCCAGGACAUGUUUGAUGAGCUCCGCGCCAAGGAGAAGGAGCUGAGGUGUCGCGAGGAGGAGCUGAAGCGAGCGGCUCUGGAGCAGAAGUCUCAUGAGGAGUUCCUGCGUCUGCGGGAGGAGCAGCUGGCGCAGUGGGAGCAGGACGUGUUCGAGAGAGAACUUUCACUGCUCAUCCUCCACCUCAACCAGAACCAGGAGAAACCCAAUGUCAAGAAGCGCAAAGGAACCUUCAAAAAGCACAAGCUGAAGGGCAAGAACGGAGAGAAAAUCAGCAUGCCACAGGAUUUCAUCCAUAAAAUCACAGUGCAGGCAUCUCCAGGGCUGGAGAAGAGACGAAACUCUCCAGAUUUGGGGUCUCCUUCGAUUGGACCCCGCUUCCGUGCUAUCCAACUGAGCCCCAGUGACAGUAAGUGGAACUCAGUGUGGCCACUGGAGACUCUUCCCUUGAAGCAGCCAAAUGGAGAGCGCAGACUGGCCCCCCACUGGAGCCCCCAAAGCCCCAAAAGCCCCAAGAGCCCCAAAGUCCUGCGCCUCAGUCCACAUGAUUGCGGUCUGUCUAUGAGGGCGAGGCUGCUGGAGGUGGACAGCAAUGAGAAUGGAGACUCCAAAGAUGACUUUGAGGAGUACAGACCCACUACACCAGAACCAAGCCAGAAUGGCUCUAGCUUGGUUAAGGAGCCUUCCUGGACUGCUCUUCCAGAAGAGGAUUCCGGGAGUGAGGAGGGAUAUUUGUCCCACCGCAGUUCCCCAAACCCUGACUCCCGUUCCAGCAUUCCCCUACAUGCUAAAAGCACUCACCGGGCUUUGCUCAGUGGCGCCGCCGUGCUGGCCUCUGUGGCUCUGGGACGCCAUUUAGAGCCCCAGCAUCCACCAACACCCCCUCCACGAACAGCCCCCAGGACUAAUCCCCCUGCUCUGGAGCUGGAGCGGGAGCGCCCUCCAGUGACCGUAGAGGACUUGCCCACAGACCCAGCUGUUGUUGGGGAUCUAAUCACAUUUAGUACAGACUCUCUGCCUCGAGGGCUUUUUGAUGCCCCGUUGAAGCCCCCUGAAACCAAACCCUUACCCCUGACUCCCCCUCCCCCAAACCCCAGAGACAGGUCAGGUCGCCGGACCCCCCAGCACAGCUCCGCCGAGUGGAUCGCACAGGCAAAUGGAGAGCCAGCAAAUGAGGGUGUGAGUCAAACUGGAGAUAGAAGGAGAAGAUCCAGUCAUGGACUUUCCUCACAACUAGUGUUGGACCUUCCUUUGUGCCAAGACACUAUGGUGGAAGCAGACGACAAAUCCCCCACCCCGUUUGCUCUGUACCCGGACCCUCGCCUCUGGAGCCCCAAAACUCGCCGCCUGGAGGUCAACAUCAUCCCACGACCCCGGCCAUCCCCCAUACGGCCCCGGAUCGAUCCCUGGAGCUUCAUUUCUGCUGGUGGGACAGAAAAAAUCAACUCACGGAACAACUUCUCGGUUAGCAGCCCCACGAGUCCACGACUGGGGUACCAGCCUUCACCUACCAACCCCUUCACGAACUGCGACCCUUUUCCGUCCCCAGAUUGUGACCCUUUCAGCCUCAGGGCUGACCCCUCUGUUAACUCUGACCUUCCCUCACCCUUUGAUCCCUUCUCUGCACCUUUUCCCACCUCGCGCUCUGCACCAUGCUCCACUAACGGCAGCCCCAACCUUUCACUCAGGGUCGCUCCACUGAACCCAGCUGACUCCCCACUCAUUGACCUGGGCUGGGCGGGGGUCAGCAAGCCCCUAGCUGUUGCCAAAGAAAAAGUUUGCCCCAGGAGGGCUCUGGGUCUAAGUCCCUUCAGGUCGCCGACACAACUCAGAGACGACAGAUUCUGAACUUCAGAAGUGGAAGCCACAUUGUUAUCUGUAAAAUACACUUCAAAUCAAGACAGCGUGGCACCCAAGCAGCAACUGCCCUCAGUAUUUGGUGCUCUGGAGAUCUUUCAGUUCCUUUGGAAAGAGGAUAAAUGCACAACAGCUUUGGUUGACUUUGAAAAAAGUAAUGCCCCAAGCAGAUGUUUCUGUUCUUACAUUGUUGUCCUUAAAGCAACAGAACCUAAUGACAUUUGCACAUCUUUAUGAUGCAGAUUAUGCAUUCAGACAGAAUUAUUCUUAGUAUUCAACCUUACCAGCAUGGUGACACUGUAAACUGGGGAGCUUGCCCUUCUUAAAUCUUUAUUGCCUGUGAAUCCCAGAAACAGAGAAGCUGAAAUAUGCAUUCCUUUUAGAUGCCCUUUUCCAUUGGUUACCUUCAGCAAGCAAAAAUGCUCACGUGGCUAACUAUGAGCAAGAGCCAGAAAGAAAAGCCAGAGAGAAAGCUUUGCCUUGUGCAUGUUGCAAACUGGCAUUUCUAGGUUUUAUUCAUCAUUAGCUGUGUUUCCAUUUUUGGGUUGAGUUGCUCUUUUAAAACAGUGGUCCCUAAUAUCAGUUUAUUUGGGUUUCUUUACUUCAUAUUAAGCAGAAUGUUGUCCGCCUGCGUCUCUGCCUCAAAAUCUCAUUGUCUAAACAAUUGCCUUUGCUGCACUGGACCUUUGAAAAUCCAUAGCAGCUUGUUUCAGCCCAGUCCGCUUCUUGGCUUGCAUAUGCUAUUUUGACAAGACUUGAAAAACACUUUACCUUUCAUAGUUUCUCUUUUAUAGAGGGAAAGGUAACAUUCUAAGUACAAGGCUAAAGCACUGUUCUGCACAUAAGAACAAUGCUGCAGGGGAGAACAAAUCAGACUCGCUGAACAUUCUGCACAUGUGCCAAAGAAUAUAAAACUCAGGCCAACAGCACAUUGCUGCAUUGUAGCAUAAAUUGCAGGCCCUCUACAUUUACCGGUAGCCCAAACUAAAUUAGCACAUCAACAAGGCAGCAGUUAUUCAGAGAAUCAUUUCAAAUUAUUUUAAAACAUGUCAGCAGGUGUCAUUUUCACUGGGUAAAAAGUAACAAAAAUUGACAUCCAGCCUCUGCCCAAAAUGUGCUUCUUCUUAACAAGUGUUGCAAGGUCAGACAAGCUUUAUAGAAUGUUGAUCAAAUGCCAUUCAACCUAAUGUAUCUUAAUUUUGAGUGUUAAUGCUUAUUUCAAAUGCAUGUGGUCAAAUGUUAGAAUAGAUUGAGGGUCUAUCCAAGCCGUGCCAUCAUUUGCACAAUGGCAAAUUUGUAGUUGUUGUUUUAAAGUUACGAUUUGCUACAAGAAUAUAGUCCAAACCCAAAAUGCUUAUCCGAACCUGAUGGAACUCGACUUCUCGUGUUGGGUUUAGAUGGGUUCAGAGAUUGUUACAUAUGCACUUUACAUCCAAAAGUAUCUGGAAGCCCAUUCUAAUUAGUAAAUGGAGCAGAUUAAGGUCACCCAUUGCUGAAAUAGGUGUUCAGUUGCACAUACAGCUUGUAUGAUCUCCACAGAAAAGCACUGGCCAAUAGAAUAGGAUGCUCUAGAGCUGUCGCACCAUGCCCAGUGCCAAGUAUGGGCUAAAGGUGUAUAAAGCCCCGGUGGAGCAAGUUAAGUGCGUUCUCUGGAGUGAUGGAGCUCCAUCCAGUACUUUUGGAUACAAAAGUACCAGAACAAAAAUAUUAAUCCAGUUGUUCCCAAACUUUUGGACAUCAUGUGUAAUUUGCAUGCUCGGACAGGCAAUUGCUGCGAUGAUGGGCUAGUUAGGAUCCGUUUCUAUUAAAUUUAUUUGAGCUUGGGUUAAUUUAGGAGACAAUUCAUUAGCUUAAAGCCUGACUAAAGCUGUAGUCCAGCUCAGUAGCAUAGCAUUUUAAAUUGUACAUGAUUAUAUCAUUAUAACAUUAUAACUAAUAUAUCUAAACUCUAAACUAAGAUCUCUGCAGGUUUUUAGUCAGUUGUACAUUUUUGCCACUGUUCUCUAAAGUUUGUCCAACCUGACAACGUUUGCCAUGACAGAAUGCAGUUAUGUGUAGAGCCUGAAUAGAUUAGUGGAAAACACCCCAUUAUUAUAUUGUAGUGGUUUAUUUGUAUUGUAUCCUCUUUUAAACUUGUAGUGCUGGAGGGAUUGUUUUCAUUCUGCGAUUCUCGUCAGCACUUUAGACAAAUUAUCCAAGAGAAGGAGUCACACCGGAGACAUUAUUCUCUCUGAUUUGACCAGAAACUUGUAGCUAAUUGAUUUCAGCCAGAGUGACAUGAGCUCCAACACAAACAGACACCACCGGGUUUUUCCCUGAGACUAAUUAACUUUAAUUAACUCGAUGUCUAACAGCAAAGAAAUCAAAGUGUAGCUUGAUCACCUUGGCCAGACUGGCUUCUUCUAAUUUGAGCCCCAAAGUAUGGUGCUACAAAUCUUCUUUAAACUACUGACUGGAGGUCUCGAUGCAUAGAACGUCUCCUCUACCUCUUAUGUGAUCAUAGCGAUAUUGUGCAUGUACUGUACUGAGAAAGAUUCUUAUCUUUUAUCUGUUGUUUUUUUCAUCCGUGAAAUUCCUUCUUGAGCCCAGACGUAACGAGGAGAGGGGUUGAUAUAACAGGAAUUAGUAUUUUUUCCCCUUUCAAAAGUAUUUUUCCCCCUUUCAUUCUACAGCUGUACAGCUUAUAACAGGGAAGUGCUGACAGUUUUUCCUAUUUGUGGGCAUGUAUUUGAAGUGAUAAGUUCAGAUUUUUUUAGCAUUAUUAUAAGAAUUUCUUUUGCUGGAGUGACAUCUUACAUUCCACUUCAGCCUCAUUCCCCCGAAGUGACCUCUGGGUUGUCUGCCAUGAUCACAUAUAAUCGCUGCUCGGUUCCCUCUUCAAACAAGGAGAGUAAUUUCAGCUCCUUUGGCUGAGGCUGCGGAGAAUUCAGCCCGUAACAUCAAAGCGUCCCUGGAGGUUUUUUGACUGCUGUGUUAUUGCCUCUGUUCCCAAAGUGCACAGAAAGUGAGCCUCACUCACUGUGCCGAAAUCCUGUGAGCAUAGGGUUAGGGCAGCAGUCCUGCUGUAAGCAUUAACUUAGUGUGAAAGGCGAAUGCAGUCAAAGUCUGUAGAGAGUCUGAGUACAGAGGAAAUGUGACAUUAACAGGGGGUCAUUCUGAAAUUGAUCCACGUUCUGUUUGAAAGUUUGGACAAGCUUUACUGAAGUUGGAGAAAAGUCUCGUUCGGCCUGAUGAGAAACUUCAGCACACAACUUAUUUUUUGCCAUAGUAUGUACAUUAAGAUUGUAUUAUUAACUUCAAUUGAUAUUAUUUAAUCUUGGAAAAAAGCUCACACUUUUAGGAUAGAUUGAAGAUUUUUUCAUGUGAUCAUGUUUUAAAACAUAUGGCUGCUAAGUUGGACCCUGUGUUCCCUCAGAUUUUUGUAUUAUACAUCUCACUUCAAUACAGUAUGUUAAGAAACCUAUAAAAGGGUCCUGGUUGAGGUCUUUGGGUCACCAAAGGUAACAGCGAGUGAGUCAAACAGCUUGCUAAGCACACUUUCUAAUGCAAACCGUUUUUUGGGAAGUCUGAGUGCUUCAGUUUAGGUGCAUUGCCCUUCUUUCUUGGUUGUGUACACAACUAGCCAUUAGCUCGCUAACUAGCAAGUUAUCAGAGUACAGUAACAAAUAUAAACAGGAAUAGAUGAAGUAGUUUACUACAUGAAGCACAGUUUGAAAGUGUCAAGAAGGCAUAGGUCUGGCUUCUAAGUCUGAUAUCAACGAUUCAAAAACAGAAAGCAUAGCAGUAUAUGGCUCUCUACAUUUACCUAACUUGGCAAAGUUGUAUGCUACAGUUUCUGAUUAGGUUUCAUUUUUGUUCCCUUCAGAAAAGUUGAAGUUGAAGUAUUUAAUUAAGGUAUAUGUAAAUAACUUUACCGUAUGCUUUUCUGAGCAUACUGUGGAUUUCAUUGGCACUCAAAAAUCACUUUUAAUUAAAAAGAGAGCUUAAUUAGUCCGGUUUGUUUUAGUGCAGCACCGUGUGUGUUGAAUACUUUUAAGUAGUUGGAUUCAUAGUCUUGCUAGUAUGUUUAAAAUGUGGCACCACUUUGUCUGUUCUAACUUAUCUGAUUUACAGAUCAAAAUGACAUAUUGCCACGUAUAUCAUAAAAACGUCCGCAUCAUGAUGUUAAAUUUUCCCAUAUAGUGUCUUCUGUCAAUGAGACGCCUGCUAUUCUUAGCCUCAUACAUAAUAAGUGUAAGCAACAGUCUUCAGUGGGAAUGCUGCCUAGUUGAGGAAUCUUGAUGUACAGUACAGCUUAUCCCUGACCUUUCUUCAGUUGUUGACUCUCAGAUGAAUCCGUCUGCUUGCUGCUGAGCAACCAACACGUUAAAAAGCUGCUGUUGUCUCUCCAGAUAGACAUUGCACCCUCCAAAUUUCCCCCUCUAAGUUCAGUUAGCCUUAACCCUAUCUCUGAAACAACCAUGGUUUUACACUGUUUAGUGUUAGCAUCUGUGAGGGUGACUCCCUCAUGGUGAGUGUCAGCACUGUGGCUGCCCUGUUCUUUUUUGAUGCCAAAGAUGAAUGCCUGUGAGAUUUGUAGUUUGGUUUCUUGCUCUUCAGUUGUUCUGAGAUUGACUAUUAUUUUCGCAGGGAGGUGAUUUAGCAAAACUGAAGAAAACAGUAUUUUAGAGUUCAAAGUGGUCUUUGUGAGAAAGCCAUGUCAAAAGGCUGUAUAACUGUGGCUAGACCUCCCGUCAGUGUGCAGUUUUGUCAGUAGCGUCCAAAUAUGUUUCAGUCGAGCUUUUUUCAGUUUAGCGUUUCUCACAGUAAAUUUGCUGCCACAUUUUCAAAAAUGCAGAGGCAGAAGGAUGUUUCCCUGGCCAGCGGUUCAGAAAUCCAUUAACUCAUCUCUGUUCAAAUCAAGCUCGAAUUGAGCCCUACCUCAGCCCCUCAGACCAUUCAACACAGGCUACGUUUUCAUGCGAAUGUUACACAUACCGUUGUUUUUUCAUGCGAACACCUAGUUGACAUCAGUGCUGUCAAAAACCUUUGUAGAAAAACGGAUGAUUCCUGGUGUAUUGUCAGUUUUUAGUACACACUAAUGGACAGAUAAAGGAGGAUGAUUUGUGAGUAGGCUUUGUGAGUCGAUUAGCCAUCCUGCUCUCUCAGGCAUUGUGCGGUUCUGUCAUUGCUAAUCACUGUCUAGCACUAGAGACAGAAAAUUCAGCUCUACUUUUGCUGAGAAACUUCUAGUGGUUUAUUGAUCCAUGUACAUGCAAUGAAAUUCAAAAUUGAGGCCUGAUAUUCUGCAAAUAGAGAACCUUAAAAGAAUACUUUAGCUAGAAAAGCUAACAUGUCUAAGAUGAUGAGUAGCCAGCAGGGCAAGAAAGCUUGAAAUUGUUCACUGAGCUAAAGGAAAAUGUUUUAAUGCUAAUUUUUAAAAAGAACCAUCCCCUUCCUUUAAAAGCUUGGACUUUUUGUGACUCGGGAACAGUUUAAAAGUUAUAGAUAACGGAUGAGGCUGGUGAUGAUAUCGCCAUCAUAAUGCCAUGUCUGCAAACCUCCGGUGAAGCUAAAAAUCCUCUCUGCGCACCAACAUUAGCAUAAGUUGCCAUUUAGUUCUGGCAUCUGAAACAUUAGCAUUAUCUCUCCUGCGUUUUUAGUGGCGGUUUACAAGGUCACCAUCUGCUGGCCUCAUUUCGGAGAUAACAAUUAGUUCUUAAAUCAAAUAAAUUGAACGUGGGAGUGUGUUUCCAAGGCAACAACUCCCGCAUGCUUGUGAUGGACCCCUGGGUCAGACUGAACAGGUGUGCGUACACCUAAAGCCCAGUUGACAUUUAUCUCAGCCAUCAUAUCCAGACUUAUUUAUUGGCAACAUCUUGUCCUCUGCUGUUAAGUGGUUCUUUCUUGGGGCUUUUAAUGCAUGAAUGUGUGGCAAACAAUCCUUUGCUUUUCAGCAGGUAGUGGUAGUUCCAGUCAGUAGCCAAUAGUUAUGGAAAAAUCCUCAGAAGACACUGUUGUCAUUCCAUGUGCCAAAGAAAGACUUUGUGAUCUAAAAGUUAAACUGCUUCUAAGCCAUGUUGCGUGGGGAGGGGGUGGUGCUGUGAGUGAGAAUAUCUGGCAUUUCUUCAUUUAGUCCAGGCUGUACUGUGGAAACAGGGUUGGAAUUAGCAGCGCUAGGUUAAUUUCCUUGCAGAAGCUUUGCCUUUAAAGGAGCAUUCUGACAUAAAACUAGCUUUUGGUAUACUGUGUUAGCCCUCAGCCUCAUUGGUUUGACAGAAUCCACCAUGAUAUAUCUGUAUUAGAAUAUUCAAGUGUGCAGUACACACAUACAUCAUGUAAUUAUUGGGAAUCGCCCCCAUGGUGAUAAAGAAAUCUACAAUAUGUUGCUGUUCAAAAAGAAAACGAGUAUCUCCAAAAUACAUUUACAUUUAACUCAUAAUGUUAUUUAAUGCAGAAACAUUCUAUCUCAAUUAAUUUUGUGGCAUUUCUAUCCAUUCGUCAUUACGUUUUUACGCGAUGUAAAGAAGGACAGUUGCUGUGCUCAGAUCAAACAAGCAGAUACAUGUUUUUUUUUUCCAACAGCAACAAUAUAUAGCGCUGAUGUGGAGGCUAAUAAACGUAGUUGUGAAAUGGGGCUUUGUAACAGUAGCUUUAGCUACCCUCUACAUUUGUCAGCCAGUGGUAAAACCAAUCAAACAGCCUGUCUUCAUGUUUCCGGUCUAGAGUUUCAAGUGUGAUGCCUAUCUUCAAGAUGCAUCAUCAGAAAGAAUCUUUAAAUGGAAAAGUAUCACUAAUGACUAUUGUGGCACCACUGUAGGAGUGCCCCUUUAAUGCUGUUGCUGUUUUGUUUAGUGCCAACCACAAUCAACUCCAGCACUUUGUGUCUGAAAUCAUAGAGCUUGUGGCCUGUAGAAUCAUAGUACUGUGCUAAAAUCCCCUGUGACAGAGAUUUUUUUUAAAGAGAGAUUUAAAUAUAUUUAUUAAGGCCUUUUAGACACUGGAUUAAAGAUAUUUGAAAGGGCCUGAGACAGAUUCCUCAUCAGGAUGCUUUGUAUAUCGUAUUUUAUAUUUUACUUCACUGGAGUAUGUGAUGAAGUAUGAGUGCUGCAAAGGGACAAAUCAAACUAUGUCUAUGUGUAAUCAGUGAUAGACCAAUUGCUCAGAUAUUGCCUGAGUACAUGUGCCUUGAUUCACAAAGGUUAUGAUUUCCACCUUUUUUUUUCUUCACAUCGUUUUUCCUCCAUUCCUUUUCUGGGAUGAGACUUGGAAGGUGCAAAAAAAGAAAAACAAAACAAAAAAACACUUCGGAUGGCCCUCUCAGACACCUUCAUGGACACAGUAAACCCUGCAGAUGUUUUGAAGAGAUCUUGGACUUCUGGGAUUCUGAAUAUUCUCUGUGACCAUGACAUCAGCCGUCUGCUUUUUUUUCUCAAGAACACCCGAUUUUGCUCCUUUUGUUCAUUUGUUUUAAUUUUAGGCUUUAUUGUGAUACUAUAUUCUUCAAAAAGUUGUGUGUUGACUUACGUUUAUGGAAGAUCAAGUUUGAUUUAUUAUUUUUUCCCCUCCCACUGGGCUUUGUGUUUUUGCCUUCGUUGUGUGUUUUGUGAUUUGACAUACUGGGCUGGGCCUAAUCAUUCUAUGACUUUGUGUUUCAAAGAGUGUGUGUGUGUGUGUGUGUGUGUGUGUGUGUGUGUGUGUGUGACAGACAGAGAGAGAGAGAGUGAGCGAGCGAGCAAAGUGAGAGAACAAGUAUAUGUUUUAUGUAUGUAUAAAUUGUUUUGUUUUGCCUGUUAUAUUGAGUUUUAACCUGUGGAACAUUAAGAAAAUGGAAAGAGAAGAAACGAGACCAAAUAAAGUUUAACAUGACCUUCAGAAUUCUCUGCUGGAGAAUCCCUUUACAGACCAUCUUAAUCUGAAUUAGAAAUUCGGGAAUAAUUCAAUUAAAUCUUUUUUUAAAGCUACAAUGCAUACAUUUUGGGGAUUUGGAGACCUCUCUGGUGAAAAUGAGUAACUGUAUGCAACAUGGGUUGUGUUUUGGACCUGACUGAAUGAAUGUAAUGAUUGAGAGCACAUCGAGAGCAUUCAAAGAGAAUACAGUCAAAACUUGGUGAAGGACAUGUCUUCUGAGGAUGUGAGUAAACAGUCUACUGUUAUCAUCAAAUCUUCAUCACUGAAAUGUUGAUUUUGCAUUUGAGACCUAAACAUCUGAACCCGUGCUUGUGACAUUAAACAUGAAGAUGUGGUUUGAAAAA